AUGUCUCGGCGACCCGGGCAGGCUUCUGAGAUAUAUUUUCAGGAUAAACUGCCAGUUUUACCGAAGCCUUCGGCUGUUCCUGCGGCAACGACGGUGCUCCUUGACCGUCCGCCCUCUUCUGGCCCCCGACAGAUGGCACCGGCCGUGGCUCAGUCUGUCCUACGCCUGGCGGACGUCCGACGCCUCGAGACCCCGGAACCCCGAGAAUUCGCUCAGCUGGUCUGUUUAACUGAGGCCUUGACGACGUGCGAGUCGUCAGUCGUGUCGCCGAGUUGA